GAUAUAUAUGGAAUCAACUCAUCAAGCAUCUUUUUGCCAUCUUCUAUUUUCUGUGUUGGCAUUUUAAGUUUUAUCAAAACCAACCCCCAACACCCUCUCAUUUCUCCCAUUUAAUCAUUCAUAGCAACAACAAUCAAUGGCUGUUCAAGCUCAUUACCAAACCAAUAUUUUUCAUAAUCAAAGAAGUUUACAAGAUGAGAUAAGAAAUAAUUAUUCAUCGCAACCACAAGUAGCCAAAGAAGAAGAAGGUAUUGAUUCAAGAUUUUUUGAUCAACAAUCACCCAAAGACAUAUCUUUCAAUACUUAUUUCUCAGUUGGGAGUUGUGGUCUUAAUCCAAGAAAAAGAGAAAAAGAAGUUAAUAUGAAUCAAUUUAUUGACAUAAGCCAACUUCAUACUACAAACACCGGCGUUAACACCGGUCUCCGGCUAUCAUUUUCCGAUCAACAACUCCGGCAACACUCUGUUUCAACCCAAAUCAAAGAACAAGGUGACGAAAUUGAUCAUUUCUUGCAAAUCCAGGGGGAGGAGAUUCGGCGCACGUUAGUAGAGAAGUGUCAAAACCACUAUCGUGCGCUGGUGGAAGCGGCGGAGACGGCGGCGUCACGGCGGCUGAAGGAAAAGGAAGCCGAGCUAGUCAAAGCCUCGUGGCGCAAAGCUGAGCUGGAAGCAAAAAUGGCGCAAGUUAGCAUGGAGGCGGCGAUGUGGCGGGAGAAGAUGGUGGCAGGUGAGGCGGAAACGGAGGCCUUACAGGCUAAGUUGGAACAUGCUAUUGUGAGCGGUGGUGGUAGGAGUAUGUUAGGUGACAGAGGUGAAAGUGGGCUAAUGUGCGCCAGCAGGGAUGAUAUGGAUGCUGAGUCGGGUUAUGUUGACCCGGAACGAGUGGUAGUGGUGAGUGGACCCGGCUGUAAAUCGUGUGGGAAUCGAGUUGCGUCAGUUUUGUUGUUGCCGUGUCGACAUUUGUGUGUUUGUAGUGAGUGUGACGGCGUCGUUUUGGCUUGUCCAUUAUGCCUAUGUGUGAGAAGCUCCAGUCUUGAAGUUUACAUGUCAUGACAUAUUGGAUUGGCCCAAUGGGUUUCUUGCUUAGUAUUUUUAGCUUUAAGGUAAAAAAGAAAAAGGAGUUGAGUGUUAAAAAAUUUGACAAUAUGUGAAAAA